AUGAAUAAAGAUCCCAACGUAGCGAAACAAUUUAUUAUGUACACAAAUGACUCAGUAGAAGCAACAUUCUAUGAUGGUACGAAAAUAUUCCUUGCGCCAUGUGCUACUGAAUACGUUGUUCAACAAGGCAACCAUGCACAAGGUGUUAUGACAAUGAAACAUCGUACGAUAUAUACAACGAGCACGUUAUUACCACGGAUUCGAUCGGUGUUGACAUUUCGCAAUCUCUACGCUCAGCAGCCAUUUCUUGUUCCAAACCUUGUCGAUUCCGAUCAAUGUUAUCAAUCCACAGGUACAGCAACUCAUGUACGUUGGUCUCCUAAUGUGUCACUUCCAACGACUGCCGACGACGAUCCAACUCAAACGUGGUCAUGGACAUCGCUGUGCGGUCGAGCACGAAUCGAAAUUUCUCAAUGUCGACAGAUUAUCUAUGUCACACAUCCUUUACAAGUCUCACGUAUUCUAACCAAGCAACAAAACGAUACAGAUAUCCCCACAAAGUACAUUCACGUCUUUGCACCUGUUCGUCGAUGUUUUUCAUCACAACGAAUUCCAGACUAUCUGUGUAAAUUUGUUCACAAGUGUUUUCAACUUAUUGAACGAUUAUCCAAUGAACAUAAUUCAUUCAGUACUGAUAAUGAUGUUGAUGAGGAUGAAGAUGAGGAUGAAAGUGAAUGGAGUUUUCAAUUACCGUUACCACUACCAAGUUCCUCGUGUCCAAAAGCGCAUCGCCAUCGUUUACAUCAUGAAAUGAUGUUCGAAGCUGACAUGCGUGUUUUGCAAACGGCAACAGUGAGUUAUCGACUAGAAUAUGAUCAUCCCACAAGUAUAGAAGCAUUGGUUCUUGACGAAAAUAGUCAACGUCUGAUUGAUUACGUUAUUACUACGGACAUUCAAUCGAGUUUCUAUAAUUAUUACUCAAUGAAAGACAGCCAAUGUCGUCUACUGACAUUAUCGGAACAUGCAUUACCACCUCAAAACGAACGAAUCUCUCAAAUUAUUCGGUUUAUGUCUAAUAUGCGUCAACGCAUACUUAGUAUGACUCGGCGUGUUCACGAAAAGCCAUGCUGGGUUCAAGACGAUGUAGUCAUAGACACCAGUGUCAACGAUACAAUCGAAGAGAUGAAAUCAGCUUCAUUGGCCGAUGACCAUGACAAUGAAGAUAAUAUUUAUCGUCAGACAUUCAUUCUUGACGCUGGACACUUCAAAUACUUUCACGACAAUCACGUUGAAAUCAAAUUUUCCAAUGGUUUUGUUUUGUACAUGACACCAGAACAAGUACAUUCUUGUCAAAUGAAUCCACAUGUUGAUUUUCAAUGUCGAAUAAUCGAUAAGAAAAAACAAAAGACUAUCGAUGUGUUCGAUGGAAUAUCUCAACCAGGCUGUUAUGAACAAUAUAUUUCUGCGGCAAUCGAUUGGUGCCUUUGGGCGUGGAAUGAAAAGCGAAUAGAAGAGCAGCGAAAUCUAGCCAAUAAUAUCCAGCAAGAACUCUUUCGUUUGAAACUGUUUACGAAUAUGAUGGAAAUUCAAGAUUAUCAACAGUCAGCAAUGGUGUCGACGCCAGUCACGAAUUCGAAUGAAUACUAUUCGCCGGAGGAUAUCAAACAAAUCCUUGCUCGCACGGCCAAGUUCACACAAUCAGAGUCAUCUUGA